UGUGGCACUGGGUCCCUCCUCCUCCUCUUCUGAACGCAUCCACUGUUGUCUCUCUCGCUCUCAGCUGUUGUUGCGACCGCACACUUUCCGGCUCUGCUUGUUGUUUGCUACUUUUAAUGAACUUUAUUUCUAGCGUGUGGUGCGUCGCGCAUCACUGCACAAGUUGCUGCUGCAAAAUGGACUGAAGCAGUAACUCGGCAAAGUGUGGAUACUUCGGGAAAGAAGAGUAUUUCUGUAAGGAGCGACCUUUCUGAGGACCGAGUUACCAUCAUGGAAGAGGACGACGGGCAUCUGGAGAACGGUAUCCACGCCGCCAAGGACUCGGACCGACAGCAGCGACUCAGGCUUUGUGUUCUGAAUGAAUUGCUGAGCACGGAGAGGGAUUAUGUUCGCACGUUGCUUUUCCUUCAGUCGGCAUUUUUGCACAGAAUUAGACAAACUGCAGAUGACCAGCAGUGCCUCUCACCUGAACAUGUCAAGAUUCUGUUUUCAAAUAUUGAGGACAUCUUGGAGUUGCACAAAGAAGUGUUGUCUGCCGUAGAGGCCAGUCUGCAGCCCGACCCCCAGCCUCAGCAUGCACUCGGACAUGUUUUCCUCCAGUUUAAGGAGAGUUUCUCAGUAUAUGGCGAGUACUGCAGUAACCACGAGAAGGCUUUACGACUUCUCAUGGAGCUAAACAAGAUCCCCAACAUUAGGACCUUCCUGCUGCACUGCAUGCUACUAGGAGGAAAGAAAAGCACAGAUAUUCCCCUGGAGGGCUACCUUCUUACUCCAAUCCAGAGGAUCUGCAAGUAUCCUCUGCUGCUGAAGGAACUGCUGAAGAGGACUCCUAAAAAGCAUGCUGACUAUCCAGCGGUGGAAGAGGCCCUGCAGGCCAUGAAGGCAGUGUGCUCCAACAUCAAUGAGACCAAGAGGCAAAUGGAGAAACUGGAGGCUCUGGAACAGCUGCAGUCCCACAUUGACGGCUGGGAGGGAACCAACUUGACCGAUAUCUGCACAGAGCUGCUGCUUCAUGGAAAUCUCCUUAAAAUCUCAGCAGGCAAUAUUCAAGAACGUGUCUUCUUCCUGUUCGACAACCUUUUGGUUUACUGUAAGAGGAAGUCCAGGGUUUCUGGAAAGAAGUCCACCAAGAGGACCAAGUCUAUGAACGGGCCCCUCUAUGUUUUCAGAGGCCGAAUCAACACUGAGGUGAUGGAGGUGGAAAAUGUGGAAGAUGGAACAGCGGACUAUCACAGCAACAACUACACAGUGACUAAUGGCUGGAAGAUCCACAACACUGCUAAAAACAAGUGGUUUGUCUGCAUGGCCAAAAACGCAGAGGACAAGCAGAAGUGGCUGGACGCCAUCUUGAGGGAACGUGAGCAGAGAGAGAGUCUCAAACUGGGAAUGGAGCGGGAUGCCUAUGUGAUGAUUGCAGAGAAGGGGGAUAAGCUCUACCACAUGAUGAUGACCAAGAGUCGGCACCUGAUUAAGGAUCGACGCAGGAAGCUCAGCAUUGUGCCUAAGUGCUUCAUGGGAAAUGAGUUUGUGUCUUGGCUGAUAGAGAGUGGAGAGAUCAGUAAACCUGAGGAAGGGGUCAACUUGGGACAAGCCCUUCUGGAAAAUGGCAUUAUUCAUCACGUGUCAGACAAGCACCAGUUCAAGAACGAGCAGGUGUUGUACCGCUUCCGCUAUGACGAUGGCACCUACAAGGCCCGCAGCGAGAUGGAGGAUAUCAUGUCUAAGGGCGUCAGGCUGUACUGCCGCCUUCACAGCGUCCACGCGCCUGUCAUCAAAGACAGAGACUACCAUCUGAAAACCUUCAAAUCUGUGGUGCCUGCUAGCAAACUGGUGGACUGGCUACUGUCGCAGGGAGACUGCUCGACCCGAGAGGACGCUGUGACACUGGGUGUGGGGCUCUGCAACAAUGGUUUCCUGCACCAUGUCUUGGAAAAGAGCGAGUUCAAAGACGACUCCCAGUACUUUCGUUUCUAUGCGGAUGAGGAGACCGAGGGAACCAGCACCAAGAACAAGCAGCUCCAGCGCAACGACUUUAAACUCAUCGAAAACAUCUUGGCGAAGUCCCUGGUGAUUCACCCUGAGGAGGAAGACUACGGUUUUGAGAUUGAGGAGAAAAACAAGGCCAUUGUGGUGAAAUCUGUCACCAGGGGCUCACAUGCUGAGAUGGCUGGUCUGCAGGUGGGCAGGAAGAUCUAUACGAUCAACGAGGACCUGCUGUUCCUCAGGCCUUUCUCUGACAAGGAGAUUGUGAAGAUCCCUGACAACCCAGACAGCCUUUCCUUUAGACUCUGUGGUUCUGCGCCCCCUCACGUCCACGCUGUCAGGAAAGGCUGGGAGGCAGCAGGGGCAGGUCUUCAGCCCGGCCAGGUCAUCCUGAAAGUCAACGGUAACAACGUCAGCCACAGCGACUACCAAGAGGUCCUGGAGCACUUUACUGCACAGCGCGCACACCCGGAGCCUCCCAAAAUGUGUCAGUGGGUGUAUCGUGCACAUGAGGAUGUGGAAGAGCUGCAAAGACAGUGGGACUCAGGCGAGGAGGAGGAGAGCCCUUUCAGCCCUUAUCCUAUAGAGAAUGGCUCUGACCACGAGGAGGACAAAAGCACCAAUGGAACAGACUACCAGCUGGGCAGGCUUUCCCUGUCCAACGAGCUGCCUCUGGUUAGUCUAACAGUAGAUAAUGUCCACCUGGAGCACGGCGUGGUCUACGAGUACGUCAGCACUGCCGGCAUCAAGAGCCACGUCCUGGAGAAGAUUGUGGAGCCCAAAGGCUGCUUCAGCCUCACUGCCAAGAUCCUGGAGGCAUUUUGCAGUGAUGACAGCCUCUUUGUUCGUAACUGCAGCCAGCUCAUCUCCCAGAGCGACCGAGUAGUUACCAUGCCUCAGUACGAGUUCAGACAAAUCUGUGACACCAAGCUGGAGAGCAUCCAACAGCGGAUCUGCAGCUAUCAGCAGUUUGUUCUGGAGCUGAAGAACAGCGUGUGGCCCUCAUUCCGACAGGCCAGCGUUCGCCCUCACCCACUGGGCUGCAUGGACUUCGUUCCCACCAACUGCCACAUCAACCUGAUGCAGGUCUCCUACCCCAAGAGCACAACCACAGCUGGCAGAACUUUCAGCAUCCGCUUUGGACGCAAAAACUCCCUGUAUGGCCUGGACCCUGCCCAAGCACAACUGAACCCCAUGUCCCACACUCAGCACUGUGUGACCAGCAUGGGGGCUCCGUCCUGGAACUGCUCCGGCCUGGAAGGGGAUGAGACAGAUGAGGUGGCCGUGGAUGGAGGCGAGGCGUUGCUGGACAGUCGACGGGGUAGUCACGGAGAAGGAGGGCUGAGCUUCCUGCUCAAACAGGAAGACACAGAGACCCAGGAUGCCUACAUUUAUUUGUAUAGCCGCCUGGAUGUUGCUGUGAGGGAAAUGCGGCAAUACGUCGCUCAGAUAGACGUCCUGUUAUCAUCUAUCACUGAUCCUACGCGGCUUGAAGAGGAGGGUGGGGAGCCUCCGGGCGACGAGCCAAGUCAGCCGCCCUCCCUGGCCCCCUGUGAGGAUGGCUGUGACCAGGACAAAGCAGAGCAAGGAGGCAUUAAAAGAGUCUGCUUCAAAGUGAAUGAGGAGGAUCAGGAGGACUCGGGCCACGAUACAAUGAGCUACAGGGACUCCUACAGUGAAUGCAACAGCAACAGAGAUUCAGUCCUGUCCUACACCAGUGUGCGAAGUAACAGCUCGUACCUGGGGAGUGAUGAGAUGGGAUCAGGGGAUGAGCUGCCAUGUGACAUGAGAAUCCCCUCAGACAAACAGGACAAGCUGCACGGUUGCCUCGAGCACCUUUUCAACCAGGUUGACUCCAUCAACGGCUUACUCAAAGGGCCUGUCAUGACUAAGGCCUAUGAGGAGACCAAGCACUUUUAUUCUGACCACAGCCAGCCAGAGUUUCUCCAAACAGAGGACUGGACUCGUCGUUGUCGUUACGUUAUCCAUAAGAACAUCCAGGAGGACCCUUGGAACCUGCCCAACUCUAUCAAAACCCUGGUGGAGAACCUGCAGAGAUUUGUGGAUGAUGGAAAGAACCAGCUUCUCCUGGCUCUUCUCAAGUGCACAGACACGUCUCUGCAGCUGCGGCGGGAUGUCAUCUUUUGUCAGGCAGCAACGGGCGCCCUGUGCACGCUGGCCGAGCAGCUGCUGGCAGCGUUGCAGUUACGCUUCAACAACUCUGGCGAGUACCAGGAAGACAGCAAAGAGACCAGCCGCAAGUGGUUAGAGCAGAUAUCUGUCAUUGGUGUUCUGCUGCACUUCCAGUCGACGCUAGCACCACACCUGAAAGAGGAGCGGACCAUGUUGGAGGACACCAAGGCAGCGCUGUUGGAUUUGGACAAAGUCACUGUGUUCUUCAAGCAAAUGGAGGAUGAGUGUCUAGUUGCAAACACACCGGUGUGCUACCAGGUGGAGGGCAGCCGACAGGCGCUCAGGGUCACCCUGUACAUGGAUAGCUGUCACUUCAGUGAGCUGCCCAAUCGCCUGAAAAACGGAGGCAGCCUCAAGCUUCACACCGUGCUCUUCACCAGAGCGCUGGAGCGUCCAGAGGGAGUGUCCCAGCAGGACUGCGUCGACAUGGAGGAGUUCCAGCAGCGCACCAACGCUGUCUCUUUAGAGAAGGUCAAGGCCUACUACCGCAGACUCAGGGCUUUCUAUUUGGAGAAGUCCAAUCUGCCUACAGAUUCCAACACCACAGCUAUGAAGAUUGACCAGCUGCUGCGACCCCUCAACACACUGGACGACCUCUGUCGUCUAAUGCAGUCCUACGUCAAUGUCCGCCCGAACGCCCAAGGCCAUCCAUCAGGUGUCAGCGUGCUGUGUGUGUCCUCUGAGCUGUGUAACCGCCUGGGAGCUUGCCACAUCACCAUGUGUGGCACAGGCAUGCAGAGGUGUACCCUAAGUGUGACACUGGAGCAGGCAAUGAUCCUAGCCAGGAAUCAUGGCCUCAUGCCACGCUGCAUCAUGCAGACCAUGGACAUAAUGCGCAAACAGGGGGCAAGAGUCGAGCUUUCUGCUAAAAAUCUCAAGGUAAUGGACCAGAUGCCCCCAUCAGCCCCAAGGCUCUUUAAGCUGUGUUUGCCACCCUCAGAUGGAGAACUCUAAGAAAACCGUCCUUCACAGAAUUCAUUAGAGAGAGGGUGAUGAUAUGAUGAGAGACAAUAGUAACAAAAGAGGGCAAGUCUCACAAGAGUUCCUCCAAGAGACACUGCUGAAAGACUCUUGUCUCCCCAAGUGCCCCAGCUACAUGGGGAUCAUUCCAUCUUGGAUACCACUAGAGUCUUUAGUGCAACGUGGAGGUUAAACAAGACUGUACAGAUGACUGAUGUCAGUUACCUGGGAGCACAUACAGUGAUGCAACCUGAAACUCAAGAAUAGUCAUGUACUGUUUUACUGGGAAACCACCCAGAUCAAAUGACUGCUUUAGCUCUCUGUGUACAUGAAGCUGGCAUGAACGACUUGGCAGCUGUUCUAUAAUACUCACAACAUAAAUGAAAGGGAGAUGCCAGUGUGAGGGCCCAUAAAGAUGACACCCACCAUGUUUAUGCUCACACCUGAGCUCUCAUUACUAACUGGGUUAACCAAAACUACCUGUAGCUGACUGUCAUCCAUUUUGCCUUGGACUGCAAAGACCUGUCUCUCUCACUGUUUGGGCUGGUGUUCUCCAGGGCUCAAUGUUGGGACCUCACGUGAAGUAGAAUACUUGAAUAUCCUGGUAUUUGUGUAUGAUGGCAAUCUGAAUAGAUGCAGAAAGUCAAAGAAUAAAGAGAGAGAUGGAAGUAGGUAUUGAGCGACAGAUGACAAGACAGAUGAUAGGUGGGGCUACUCUUUCUCCAGCCCAUUGCAUGUGGUUACUGUGCAAUUACUGUAGGUUUAGUGUGAGUACUGUAUUACUGCACUAUAUGAAGGAUAGUUAUUUAUUGUGUCCAGAAGGAGCAUUUUCAUCCCUCACUUAUAUCAGGUAUUAAAAGAUCUAAAAGCAUUCCAGCCUACAUGUUGAACAGUAUUUAAAGGACCAGUGGUAUGCCACGUUUUAGAUGUAACUGAUGUGUAUUUCAUCUUAUUUAUGUGUUUGGAAUUUGAUUAUGUCAGGACGUGUUACAUAAAUGUUCAGGGAGUGCAAGGGAGGGAAUUCGAACGGAAGCUAGCUAAUCAGAAACAGGACAAAGGAAGCCCAGAUACUAAACUGUACAAGGCUGUUGGCCAAGAAACAGCCCAGUCAACAUGUUAGGCUUUUGAAUCAUUGUUAAAUUAUUAAUAUAUUAAUACAAAUGAAUUAGUUGAAGGAUUUCCUGAUGUUAACAAAGAUAUUAUGUUGAUUUUUGAAUUGGCAUUUAUGUUUUUAUUGAACAGUUGUAUUUGCUGUAGGUAUUAAAAGAAGCACAGUGAUUGGUCCAUACAAGUUGCAGUGUUAGCAAAAUGUACUGUAAGCAGUUUGCAGAUUAUGUAAACAGCAGGAUUGUGUCACAGUAACAUUAUUUUACUGAAGAUUUUAAUCUCAUGUACAUACAAAACUGUAACAAUGCCAGAGGAAAAGAUAGGAUAUGUUUUACAGCAGAGUAAUGCUAUAAAUUAAAAUGCAUUAUUUUUAUGGAAAUGGUAUAUAAAAGAUUUUGUAUUCAUGACUGUGCACUUGAAGAGAAGCCGGUUCUCUUUGCUCAGCAUAACCUCACUGACAACUUGUUAUUUUUGACUGUUUGUCGUGCAUUUCAAAAAUUCUUGGCAUGCUGCAUUCAUUAGGCAGAUCACACAGUCCUUUAUAUGUGUUUAAAAGCUGUCUGGUUCCAAAUGAGCAUGUUGGAAUAGCUUCUUUAUAUCCCGUGGCAGUAGCAUGGCCACUCUUAAGUUUACAUCCAUUAGUUCACAUAAAAGACUCAAUGGAUAUUUGCAUUAUCAUUUCACAUGUCAGAUCUGCUCUUGAUCUGAGCAGUGUACAUUACAGUUACCAUAACAUGGGCUUAAGUGUGUGUCACCAGUUUAAAUUCACUAAUGACUGCAGCAUGUUGGUGUAGCUGGACAAAAAAAAAAACAAUGUCACUGAUUACACAUUUAUCUACAUUAUUCUAAUGUUUCAUUAUUGUAUAUACUUUAUUUGCAAUUUUACGUUGCUUGAAAUUGUACAAAGGAUCUCUGUUGAAUCUUUCUAAAAUUAUCAUUGUAAAUGCAAUUUUAACAAGCUAGUAAAUA